CCCAUUACCAUUGUCUUCGCCGCCUGUCUCUCCUCGCCGCCCAUUCCCAACCUCCUUCCUCUCAGCUUUUCUCUCAUUUCUUCUGUCCUGUUCGCUCCAAUUGGCACGUACUAUCUCUUCUCCCAUCCCAUAACCCAUUUCCAUUUCAAUUAUCUCCGUGUAAUUCUUAUAGCGGUCGUUUCUGUCGCUGCCGCCGGCCGCCGACACUGUUGUUACUCAGGAGACGAGGCGAAGGAAUCAUGGCGCCCCGUCUCUUCGCCUGCUUCGGCUCGUCCUUGAGGAGAGAGAAGCACGCGACCGUGGACGUGUCGACCGAGGAGCAGAGGAGGGGAGGCACCGUGCUGGUGGAGCUGUUCUCGUCGCAGGGCUGCGCCACCUCGCCGGAGGCGGAGAUGCUGAUAUCGAGGCUCGGGAGAGGGGACUUCGAGCUGGAGGCGCCGGUGAUCGUGCUGGCCCACCACGUGGAUUACUGGGACUACGUGGGUUGGAAGGACCCGUUCGGGUCCAGCCAGAGCACGGUCCGGCAGAAGGCGUACGUGGAGGCGCUGCGGCUGGAUACGAUGUUCACGCCGCAGGUGGUGGUCCAGGGGCGGGCACAGUGCAUGGGGACGGAUCAGGAGGGUUUGCUCUCCGCCAUCACCUCCGCACCUCGAUUCCCUGCUCCCACGUUUCAGGCAACGUUCCAGAGGCCAUCGCCGGAGACCUUGCAAGUCUCCCUUUCCGGAGCACUGAGGAGCAAAGUGGACGGCGACGGUGUGAACGUCAUGGUGGCGCUCUACGAGAGCGGGCUGGUCACAGACAUCACCAAGGGCGAGAACAAGGACCGAGUCCUCUCAAACGACUUUGUCGUCCGGAGGCUGGAGAAGCUCUGCUCCGUCAAGGACGUGUCGGCGAAGAAGACGGUCUCCGGGACCGUGAGUUUCCCUUUGUGGGAGGGCUUCAACGGCAGCAAGUGCGGCAUCGCGGUCUUCCUCCAGAAUAGUGGUCAUCAGAUUUUUGGGUCGCAGAAUAUUUCGUUCCCGCCCAAUGUAUGAGAGAGAGAGAUAUUGGAUCGGUCGUUCGUUUGUCAUUUUUUUGGUUCUUUGAAUGUGUUUUACGCAGUCUCCGACCGGCCAUGAUCCGGACCAUUAUGUACAGAAUGUGUUUCUGGUUUUCUAGCGCACUCUC